CAUCUCAUUUCAUCAGUGCAAAAUUAACAGACGCAACGGGAACCACCAUCUGGGAGGUGUUUUAGACAGCACCAUUUAAAUUCCUUCUGGAAUUUGACGUGUACAAGUUAUAAGAAAAGAUCUGGAGAGAACAGUCCAUUUAAAAGGAAACAGAGUGUCUCGGUUUGCUCACAAAUAGCAGUCCUUUAGAAGACGUAUGGCUUUCUCAGUGGGGAAGGGUGACACUUAAAUCCAUCCUGUGAAAUGCACUCAUAAUUUCAUAUAGCCUCAGCACUCCAUGUGCUCCCCCCAACUCCCACUUUCAGGUUGCCCUUGAUCAUCGCCAGUUUUCUCCUUAAAACUGUUCACCAACACCACUAGAUGCCCAGCGAAAUUAUUCAUCAUACUUUAAAAUAAACAACCUUGAAGUGACAACAUGUGCCCACAUGUACCUACCUCUGCAAGCCAUCCCCUCUAAGGCCUAACUUAGGAUGUGUUUGGAGCAGUAUUUGCCUUUCAGAAUUGCCCUUGAAGAUCCUAAGGUGUCCUAAUUAGCAGAACCUUUUGGGCCCUCCAGCAGGUGUGUCCUCAGUAGCACUUGUUCAGCCCUCAGCUCUAGUAUCACUUAGAGUUAGCUGUUCACAUGUCUGCUUCCCUACCCAGAUCGCUAGCUCCCUGAGGGCAGGGACUAUGCGUUCCUAUCAUUGUAACCCGGCAUCCAGCCCUGGACUGAGAAGUCAGUAGGCUUAAAUAUUUCUUGUAUUGAGGAGUUGAUUGGAAAAGCAUAGAUUUGGAAGCAAGCGUGUAUGGAAUCCAAUCCCGGCUUUACCUACUGUGUGGUUUGGGGUGAGUUUCUUAACCUUUCUGAGCCCUCGUUUCCUAAAAACAGGUUACAGUAGCCAAUUGACAAGGAGUUACGAGGUUGGUCAUAGGAAAUGUAUGAAGAGCAUAUUGCAGAUUCUAUAUACACUGGUUCUUAGUCCACAGGUGUAACGGAGCUUCGCUGUGCAUCAGCAAUGCACCUGAGACCUGAGCUAGGUGCAGAAGAGCUGAAGAGAGGAAGGCUGUCAGGCCUAAACUUAGGUUCCAUGGAGAAUGGGAGGCCGCCAGAUCCUGCAGACUGGGCUGUGAUGGAUGUCGUCAACUAUUUCCGAACAGCAGGAUUUGAGGAGCAAGCUAGUGCUUUUCAGGAGCAGGAGAUUGAUGGAAAAUCCCUGCUAUUGAUGACAAGAAAUGAUGUGUUGACGGGACUUCAGUUAAAACUGGGGCCUGCUCUGAAAAUCUACGAGUAUCAUGUAAAACCUCUGCAGACAAAACAUCUAAAGAACAACUCUUCAUAGUACAAAUUGGGGUCUUAGACCUCAAAAAAUACAUAAGAUAUAAUUUAGUUUCAUGUGAUGAAACUUUGUAAACAGAAUACAUACAUGUGUAUAUGUAAAGAAUUUCAGUCAAAUGAAAAGUUAUCCUAUGGGAUAGACUAGGCAAUCCAUCCGCUGACCUGAACUCAGCCAGGAGGAGCAAGGAUGACUUGUGGACAGCAUGGUUUUCCUGGUGGAGCUUGUCAAACAGAGUUAUCUUUGACAUGGUUGGACACCCCUCCCCACCAAAGGGGUUUUCUUCAGAUUGCUUUCCCAAAAUCCUUGAAAAAGUGUUGAAUGGAAUGAUCUUCUGGUUACAGAUGUAGAGAGAUGAAAGACCAGAAAAUUUAGGGAAGGGGAGAAAAGAGAGAGAGAUGCUGUCUCCCUUGAAUCCCUCUGCUCCUUAGAGUUUGUGUUAUUUGGAUGGAAUUGCCGACACCCUCUUUUAUAGAGGGUCCUUCACUUGACCUUAUUAAGGUUUCACUGGGAUGUACUGCGAUGUUUGAGAGGAACGUGCAUCAUGGCCCCUGCAGGAGCAGAGCCUCUGAAAAGAGAAACUCUGUUUUGUCUUGGGGAUCGCCAUCCAUAUUCAGCUUUUUUCACAGGGGAUAAUGAUAUUUUCUGCAUAGAUUUACUUUCAAAUUGGCUCUUUGUUUCUGAAGAAGAAAGCAUUUUUUCACUUUAUGGUUUGUAUUUAUACUGAUUUGUUUCUGAAGGAAUUUGCUGAGAGUUAUAGAUCAAAAAGCCUUGUUACUAGGACAGAAUAUUUUUAUAUAUAUUCCUUCAUGAUGGUGUAAUAUUUUUUUAAUUGCUCUGAUGCUUUGUUUGAUUCUUGGUUUGAGUACUUGUCUUUAAGAACUUGAAAAAAGUGAGCUUGCUACAUCUCUGUUCAAAGAGACAUUUGUUCAAAUCUCUGUGUGUCAAUACCUUGUUGAAUUGGUGCUUUGUGGUUGCAAUAAAGCAUUGCUUCAGUUUA